UGCACUUGUGCUGCAUUCAACGGUCUCUCUGAAGCUAAGGCGGUGGAGAAGUGAAGACAGCCUACACCUACGAUAUACCUGUUCCAAGUGCUUUUGGUUAAAAACAACGCCAAAAAGGUAGAAUUCUGGCUCGGUUUGCUUUUUUUUUUUACAUUAACUUAAACACAACUGCCAUGUCUUUGGAGCAGCAACAGAAGGAAGACAACAUGCGUGUCGGUAAUGUACCGAUUUAUUUCUAAUUUGGUUCCCCGUUACUUCUGAGCACCGAGAGACCGCUGAGACGCCAAGCUUACGUUCAAUGCCGUUGGAACAUGUCCUAUGUUCCCUUUCAAGAUGCAAGGUGUGCCGUCCCCCCCUCCUAUCAUCACCAUCAUCGCACCCACGCCCACUCCUUCCACGUUCCCUCUUACGACCGUCCCGCCCACGAACGUCCCUCCUUCGACCGUCCCACCUUCAACCGUCCCUCCUACGACCGUCCUUCCUACGACCGUCCUUCCUACGACCGUCCCUCCUUCGACCGUCCUUCCUACGACCGUCCCUCCUUCGACCGUCCCUCCUUCGACCGUCCCUCCUUCGACCGUCCCUCAUACAACCUUUCCCCGCACGAGCGCCCCAUCUACGACCGCCCUCCACAAGACCGUCCACCCCAAGACCGCUGGAACCCCCAUCUCCGUGUGAACACCGGGAAUCAGAUCUACAUGUUGGACCAGGAAGAGGUACACCCUUUGCUGAUGCGCGAGAGGCGCUCAGAGUCUCACAGGAACAAGCUACUGCGGCGGACAGUCAGCGUUCCUGUUGAGGGAAGGCACCAUCCCGAGAUGGAUCAUCGCGCCCGGCGGAAGAGCAUAGCCACUGGGAAGCAGCCCAGCAUGGAGGUCCCUCCCACUGCCCCAAUUCAACCCUUCCGACAAUCCGUGAGUAACCCCCACUGUUCCCAGCCUUUCUCACUUCCUCCGUCCCUUUCGCUUUCCCCCUCCCUCCUCCCGCCCUAGGCCCGCCACACACCUGUGGCCACCGGGCCGGUGGCACCCCGCCUCACCCUUUCCCCCUCUCCCUGGUUGUCUCCCCCUCCCUCACCUUG